UUAUUCGAGUAUUCCCAAUAUUCGAAUUUAAAUACAUUCAUAUUUCGAUUAUUCCACUAUUCGAAUCUAGUGUGCUAAGUAUAUAACUCUGCAAUUUUACUAAACACUUACUGCUCAUUGCUGACGAUAUCUUAACAUUCAUAUUAAGUGUACUUUGAGUCCCAUCUUAUCACGACCCUUUGUAUUAAAAAUAGUUAAAUGGUUCGAUGUAAAAAGUGCUACAAAUCGAUAGUGUUUGGAUAAGUGCUGGUAAUGUCUCAAAUAACUUACAACUGAAACAAUGCGAAUUGCCGUUGUUGGGGCGGGGCCAUCAGGUUUAGUUGCAGCCAAGUAUGCAAUAGAAAACGGCUACGUAUGUGACAUAUUUGAGCAAACUGGUUCUUUGGGUGGUAAUUGGGUGUACAAUGAGAAUACUAAUGAUGUGCAUGUCCAAUCCAGUGUUUACAAAGAUUUGGUCACUAAUAUCCCCAAGGAGUUAAUGACCUACUCAGAUUAUCAUUACCCAACAACCGUCAAAGAAUCAUACAUUACCCACGAUCAAGUUUUGGCGUAUCACCAUGGUUACGCUGAAAAGUUUGGCUUAAACAAGCACAUUCAGUACUACACACGUGUCGAGCGAAUAACAUCAAUCGAAUGUGACAAAUGGUUACUGGUAGUUCAGAAUCUGGAAACAGAAACCGAAACGACUGGACAGUAUGACUGCGUCUUUGUUUGCAAUGGUCGCUUUAAAGACGGGUUCAUUCCGACAAUUCCUGGACAAAGUUUGUUUAAAGGUCGACAAAUGCACAGUCACACUUUCAGAGUGAUCGAUCCAUACAAAGAGCAAAGUGUUUUAAUAGUGGGCGGUCAGCAUUCCGGUCAAGAUAUUUGCGGACUGAUUUGCAGGAUUGCCAAACAUGUUUAUGUAAGUUCUCGUGAAGUCUUGCAAGGUGUUUUCCCCCCUAACGUAUCGCAGAAAACUGAAGUGACUAAGUUCACGGAGGACGGUGUAGUUUUUGGCGAUGGAUCAGUCGAGCAUAUCGACAGUGUAAUAUAUUGCACAGGGUACUUCUAUACCUGCUCCUUUUUAACGGAGAGUUGCGGCGUUAGAGUCGAAAACAAUGGGGUGGCUCCUUUAUACAAGCAAAUUGUGAAUAUUGAGCACCCAACAAUGUUUUUCAUUGGUCUUCCGUAUUUGGGCGCAUCCAAUAUUACCUUUGAUCUACAAGUUCGCUUUGCAAUGGCCGCAUUUCAAGAAAAAUUCAAGCUACCCUCGAAAAGCGAAAUGUUGGAGGAAUGGGACGUAUUCCUACAAAACAAAAGUAAAGAUAACGUUCCUAGGAAACACACUCAUCGAUUAGGUGACGGUAAAUCAUCAACAAGCUACAGUGAGGAUCUAGCAAGUACUGCCAAAAUAACUAGGAUCCCGAAUGUGAUCUCCAAGCUAUAUGAAAGGGUGGUCUUACGCAACAGAGCACGUUACUAUUAUCGAAUUAUCGACGAUGAGACGUUUGAGGAAAUCAUUCCGUAAUGUUUCUUCUACCACACAUCCUUUAUUUCCAAGAUACAGGGUUAAAUUUCAUUAUUCGCGGGGUACCACACAAUUGCUCCCUGAACACCCUGUAGAAUCAAUAUACCUUUAAUAUGUCAGUUUAACUAUACGAGUACUCUUUUUUUAUGAUAGGUAUUAUAGUGGCCAAGAUUUGACAUUGAGUCACUCGCGGGAGGGAGAGACGCGUGAGGGCGUUUACGCAACGCGUGCUUGGUAUAUUUUUAUGUGACGUAUAAUUAGGUAAAUUCAGUGGAAAAGCGCCAAAUAUUGUUCCAAGAAUGUUUUACAUACACAUGAGCAAUAGGUCUACGUUUAGAAACAGCAUUUCAACGCCAUUCGACCAGUUUGGACGAAUUAUUCGACCUACUUAUGUUCGUAUUUGGAGACUCAGGCAUUUUCAUGAAAAGCUUUUGUUGUUCGCUAUCAAACCGCCGUAUUUUAUGGGGUAGUGGCAUUCAAAUCAAAGAUUGAUGUUAAAAGGAUUUAAGAUUUGGAAGGAGGCCUUCGUUAUAAUAGUUCAAUUUAUCAUUAGAAUAUUCAUUCAGUUUGUGAAUUGAUUUAGAUUUCAGACAGAAAUUGUUUGCAUCAUAAUUAACGCAGACGAUGUAUGACCUUGAAUUGGAUUGUUUUCAUCAUAAAUAAAGCAGAUGAUGUAUGACCUUGA